AACGUCUCUCUCUGUUCUUCCGCCAUGGUGGUGGUGGUUUAUAAGCAAGCUCUCUUGCUCGCAUUCUUCGCAUUUCUUGGAUUCCAGUACUUGCCUUUACUCUCCCAAGCAGGUUGUCCAUUGGACUUCACUUCAUCUAACUUCACUCUAGUGGCUUCUGUGUGCUCGAACAAAACGGAUAGAGCUAAAUGCUGCCGCUACAUGAACGCUUUCGUUGCAGUAUCUGUCGCCCGCUAUGCAAACUUCACAGCUGAUCUUGGAGUUGCAUCAGAUUUAACUGAAAUCUGCAUUACUACUAUCUCUAGAACCAUGGAGCUUUAUGGAAUCCCAAGAAAUGCAACUAUCUUCUGUGGAUUAGGGACCAAGAUUCUUGUUAACUACGAUUGUGAGGGUCUGGCCACUGUACCGCCGAUGCUUCAUUCUGCAAAUUUUGGAGAUGUUUCUAGAAACUGCAAACUUCCGCUUCCACCGGGUGAUCAAUGCAGGAAUUGCUUGAAUUCCAGUAUCAGCUACCUUCGUAGCCUCGUUGGUGCAGAUAAUAGCAUCAAACUGAGUACUUGUCGUGAUGCAACUUAUGCUGUGUUAGCAAGCCGGGUUGACAAUUCAUCGGCCCUUGAACUCGCUAGCUGCUUCUUUAAUGUGCCUGAGCUUAGCCCCGCUUCAGGUUCAUCUCCAUCAUCGCUGAGCCCAGAAGCUUCUCCUCCGUUAGCUGAUAGUCCAAGCAGCGAUAAUCUUGUUUUGUCUCCAUUAAAAAGUCACCAUCCAUAUCACUUGACAAUGGUUCCGACUAUUGGGAUUGCUGUUACAGCUUUUUCUCUUGUGAUGCUUGUAGUCCUAAUACUUCUUAUCCAAAGAAAGAAACGUGAACUUGAUGACUCCAAGGGCAUGGAUUGUAAUCUUAAAAGGACAUCUCCUUCUCCCCGCCCAAGGUCGAUGAUUCAUGAAGGUACUUCGUCUGGUUUUCGGAAAUUCAGCUACAAGGAGAUAAGGAAAGCAACUGAAGAUUUCAACACGGUGAUUGGCCGUGGGGGCUUUGGGACUGUUUACAAAGCUGAGUUCAGUAAUGGGUUGGUUGCAGCUGUAAAAAGGAUGAACAAGAGCUCUGAACAAGCAGAAGAUGAAUUUUGCAGAGAGAUAGAGCUUCUCGCCAGGCUGCAUCACCGCCACCUAGUUGCUUUAAAAGGGUUUUGUAACAAGAAGAACGAGAGGUUCCUUGUCUACGAGUAUAUGGAAAAUGGGAGCCUGAAGGAUCAUCUACACUCCACGGUAAAACCUCCACUUAGUUGGGAAGCAAGGAUGAAAAUCGCAAUCGAUGUGGCUAAUGCUCUGGAAUACCUUCAUUUCUACUGUGACCCUCCUCUCUGUCACAGAGACAUUAAGUCAGGCAACAUAUUACUCGACGAGAACUUUGUUGCUAAGCUUGCAGAUUUUGGCCUUGCACAUGCUUCUAGAGAUGGCUCCAUUUGUUUUGAACCUGUUGAUACCGAUAUCCGUGGAACCCCAGGCUAUGUAGAUCCAGAGUACGUUGUAACACAAGAACUGACAGAGAAAAGCGAUGUGUACAGCUAUGGAGUGGUGUUGCUAGAGAUCAUAACUGGGAAAAGAGCCGUUGAUGAAGGUAGGAACCUUGUAGAACUGUGUCAGCCCUUACUGGUAUCAGAAUCAAGACGCAUAGAUCUGGUGGAUCCGAGAAUCAAAGACUGCAUAGAUGGAGAACAGCUUGAAACAGUAGUGGCAGUUGUAAGAUGGUGCACAGAGAAAGAAGGCGUGGCUAGGCCAUCGAUCAAGCAAGUCCUGAGGCUGUUGUACGAAAGCUGUGAUCCAUUGCAUCUCGGGCUUGCAAUGGCGGUCGAGGAGAACAAAGGACGGUCACUGAGAGGUGACUCAGGGUUCCAAAGUGGAGACAUCCGUGGCUUGGCUUCUUCCUCUAGUACUACUUCAAGGUCGCAUUGUAGCCGGAGUUUUCUGCUUGAGACUGGUUCCCCUCGCUCUCCACCAAAUGGUCUCUCUUUUUGAGUGAGGAGAGACAAUUAGUCACAUUUUUUUCUAGAAAUUUGUCACUACUUGGGAUCAUCCAAACUGUUUUCUAAUUGCAAUUUUGAAAGAUAAAUAUGUUUCCCAACC